UAAGAUAAAUGACUCUUGGGACCUUUGACAAAUUUUUUUGCUUUUUUCGAUAUGGAGCUGCCGGAGAUGGAAUCAAUGGCGACGGCGAUCGGAGUAUCGGUGCCGGUGCUCCGAUUCCUUCUUUGUUUCGUUGCAACUAUUCCGGUGAGCUUCUUCCACCGUUUUGUUCCUUCUGCCACCGGAAGACAUCUCUACGCCGCCGUGAUGGGUGGUGUUCUUUCAUACUUGUCGUUCGGAUUCAAUUCAAAUCUUCACUUUUUUGUGCCUAUGCUUUUGGGUUAUGCUUCUAUGGUUAUCUAUCGGCCUUAUUGUGGGAUCAUCACUUUCUUCAUUGCUUUUGGUUACCUUAUUGGAUGCCAUGUGUACUACAUGAGUGGGGAUGCAUGGAAGGAAGGAGGUAUUGACGCAACAGGAGCUUUAAUGGUGGUAACACUGAAAAUAAUUUCAUGUGCGAUCAAUUACCAAGAUGGAUUGUUGAAGGAGGAGGAUUUGCGUGAGGCUCAGAAGAAAAAUCGUUUGCUCAAGUUGCCAUCAUUACUUGAGUACUUUGGUUAUUGCCUCUGUUGCGGAAGUCAUUUUGCUGGUCCAGUUUAUGAAAUGAAGGAUUACCUUGACUGGACAGAGAGAAAUGGCAUAUGGAAAUCUUCCGAGAAAGAUCACCCAUCACCUCUUGGGGCAACUUUGAGAUCUCUUCUUCAAGCAGCCUUUUGUAUGGGGUUGUAUCUCUAUCUUGUGCCUUUUUACCCGCUUUCCAGGUUCUCUGACCCGUUAUACCAAGAAUGGGGUUUCUUCAAACGGUUGAGUUACCAAUAUAUGGCGUGUUUUACUGCCCGGUGGAAAUAUUAUUUCAUCUGGUCAAUCUCAGAAUCUGCUGUUAUUAUUUCUGGCUUGGGGUUCAGUGGUUGGACAGACUCUUCGCCAUCGAAACAACGUUGGGACCGUGCGAAAAAUGUUGAUGUAUUGGGUGUUGAGCUGGCAAAAAGUUCAGUUCAGUUACCUCUUGUAUGGAACAUUCAAGUCAGCACCUGGCUGCGACACUAUGUAUAUGAGAGGCUCGUACAGAAGGGAAAGAAGGCUGGUUUCUUCCAGUUGCUGGCUACACAGACUAUUAGUGCUGUAUGGCAUGGACUAUAUCCGGGAUACAUUAUAUUCUUUGUUCAGUCGGCUUUGAUGAUUGCUGGAUCAAGAGUCAUCUACAGAUGGCAGCAAGCUACAAAAGGUACUAUGUUCGAGAAGAUACUAACGUUAAUGAGCUUUGCAUACACACUAUUGAUUUUAAACUACUCUGCUGUUGGCUUCAUGGUUUUAAGUCUGCACGAAACGCUCACUUCUUAUGGAAGUGUAUACUAUGUUGGAACCGUUAUACCGAUUGUACUAAUCCUGCUCGGUAAAGUGAUUAAGCCAGCAAGACCUGCAAGAUCUAAAGCUAGGAAAGAAGAGUGAGUCAUACCGUGCUCCUCGAUCUGGUUGUUUAGUUAUUUUUUGGUGAAAAAACUAGAGCUUUGCUUCUUGUAGUUUGUUUUAUGUCUCUAGAACUUGUGUUUUAGAGACAUAAAACAAAGCAAAUUUGUUUUGAGCACGAAUAGGGCCUUUUAGCAUUGUUUCCUUCC